UACAGGAAACUUGGGCCAGAAGCACCAGCACGAGAAAUCCGCAGUAGGAUGUCUGCACUCCUUGCAAAGCCCAGCCUGCGCCACAGUGUUUCAGAGUGGAACAGCAACAACCAGCAGCUGUCUGCCACAGCGGAGCAUGAGCGGUAUGUUUCCAAUGUGAUCCGGCAGGACGGGAGGUCACUACGCAACGAGACCAACUGUAAGACAACCUGGGAUGACAGCGACACCUCUCGCAGGUUGAGUGACAGGGCGUGGAAUGUAGCCCGGUGGAAGGAAACGUUGGAAACCUGCGCACAGAAAGUGGAUGAAGAGAUGGAGGCUCUGACCCUGUGUAAGGAGCAGACGGAGCAGGCGCUGGCUGCGACCGCCAUUCCCCUGGAGGUCAGCAGUGAGUGUUUGACGCUGAGGGACGGCCGGCGAGGGUUCGAGCUCGCCCAUGACCCUGUGGAUGUACAGCUGAAAAAGGAAGUGGAGCUGAUUGAAAGAGUGCAGCAAGUUCUGCAGCAGCACAUAGAAAAGGCCUUCGAGCACCUGUGUGUUUUGCAGGAGAAUCGGCACCAGCUGACUGCUGACAUCCAGAACAAGAUGGACGCCCUGGACAUUGAUAUGUCCUGCCUGUCACUUACUAUAAAGUCUCCCCAGAUUUCCUUGAAAAGCAACCCAACUCGCAUACCACCAGGUUCCUCGACCCCCCAGGAGUGGUUCCAGUUCAGCCAGUAUAAUGUGGCCUGUGCUCAGGAGGCCAUGCAGGUGUCCCAGCAAAUGAGGGAGGACAUAAGUCUCACCAGAGCCCAGCUGCAGAAUGAGUUGGCCACUCAGCGCCGUGCCACAGAGUUUGCUCUCCGUAAGCGUAACCACCAUGAAGAGCAGGCCCGCAAUGAACUGGAGUGGCAAAUCACAAAUAUUGAAGAUGAACUGGCAGAAAUGGAGAUCGACAUCCAUGGUCUGGAUGCAGAUCUGCAGGCAAAGACUGCCUCUCUGAAACUGGCUCACACCCGUCUGGAGAACAGGACCAACAGACCUGGCAUGGACCUCUGCAGAGACGAGGUGCAGCACGGCCUUGUCAAUGAAGUCCAUCAGCUGGAGGCCACAAUAAUGGCUCUGAAGCAGAAGCUCUCAGAAGCCCAGCACUCUCUGCAGAAGAUGAAGCUCCAUCACUCCCGCAUGCUGCAGGAUCUUUCCAGAAAACAGGAAGCCCUGUCACUGGAACAACGAAGCAUGACAACCCGCACCCGCCUCACAUCCCCCUCCUGCACUGAUAAAACCCCCAUGCUUCUGGUUCCACUCACCAACUCCAGCGGCAGGAGCAACCUGCAGCUGUUGGCUUAGUCCAAUGACAUUAUACAGUAUAUCCUAUUUAAAGCACAGGGACAUAAAAACAUUAAGCUUUUCAUGCAUUUGUUGAGCUGCCUUCAUGUUUUUAACCCUGCAGUUAAUAUUCUGUCCAUACUUGGGACAAUUUAAAUAAUCUUACAAUCCAAGCACUAAUUUAUUAUCCUUAAUUUCAUCAUUAGCUGCUAUAGAACGAUACACUUUCCCUAAUCCUAUUUAUUUAUUUCAACAAUAUCAGUUAACAUCUUACAAAAAAUAUAUUUCCUGAUUUUGUGUAACUUCCUGUGAGUUGUGUUAAAUGAUCAAUGAUGUACUUUUUCUGUGUAUUUGAGUUUCACAGUAAAACUGUGGAUGACGUCCUUGU